AUGUCGUCAUCAGAUCCAUUGGCUUCCGGCCACGACGAUGCCGCCAACGCUUCCUCUCAUGAUCUCUGGGCGGACGCUAGCGAAUCCUCGGGCGAAGAGGAGCAGACUCGUUCGCGCCUCGAUGAUGCCAAUGGAGGUGCAAGAGCUAGCAUGCAUGCACCUGCUCAUCUAAGAAAUGGCUAUGCCAACACAUCUUCACAAGACGCUUCAGGCUUUCCCUCCACCGGCUUAUCAGCCAGGCUGCCCCGUCAAGACUCCUCCUUUGGCACAAAAUCCAACGCUAGCGCAGGCAAUACACGCAAACCCGUAUUUGCUCCUUACGAAGCCGAGCAUCUGGAAUUCGCCUGGGGAUCAUCCUCUCAACCUGACAAGCCAUUUCGAGCCACCUUAUCUGCCAGUGCUUCUGUCUUCGAGCCUUCCAGGCAAUGGCAAGAGCCUUCCGAUAACGUCGCUAGCACCAACGACUUCCCAGAUCCCCUUACAAGCGCAUACAGCUCCGAUUCAACCCCGCUUCAACAGCAUUCAGGCUUGCCUGAUCAGCCCAAGCAGCCAGGAUCUGCUACUCUGGAUCCACAAAUGAGUCAAGGCGAUCGCCGUCAGCCUCGCGACGAGACGAGUGUGCAAGCUAUUGAACAAGCCAACGACCAUGCUGAUUCUAGCACCGGCGCGACUCACUCGCAAAGCAAUCCCCCAGCAAGCUCAUCGUCGACAGAUGCAGCGAAAGGCACAAUAGACUUCGCGGCGCGCGAGAAUCAUUCAGAAAGUAACGCCGAAGGGGAGGACGAUGAGGACUUUGUGUAUCCCGGCAACACGCACACCGCUCAAGAAAGGCCGAAUGCACCUACCGCAGAAGGCGAAGAAAGCUUUGCCCUGCCUGCUCAGAUUGCUGAUGGGACGAAUGACACCUCGAGCGAGCCACUGUCGCCUCAACUUCCGCCACCACCACCAGCCCAAACAGACGCCGAUAAAACGGUGCAAGGGCCAAUCUCCUCCUCUACUACUUCCAACAGUCAAGUGCAGCAGAUUGAUUACGAUACUCUGGCAGAACUUUGCAGCGGCGACAGCCUUUCCGAUCUUCAAACUUUUGUUCAAACGACUUGCUCAGCCGAUACCAACGCGGUGUCCAUGUUUGCUCUUGCUAACGAUUCCAACCCCAGCAAUGGCCUCGUUCCCCUCCACUUUGCUGCUAAAGAGGGCAAAACCGACAUCGUUCGCUGGCUGAUCACCGAAGCAGGCGCCAUCGUCGAAAUGGAGGAUCGCGAAGGCGAGACUCCUCUCCACAAAGCUGCCAUGGCUGGAAAGCUUUCCGUUACCUCCCUUCUUCUGUCUCACGGCGCUGACGCCAAUGCCAGAGAUACCGACGGCUGGACUGCCCUUCACAACGCCUGCAGCCGCGGCUAUCUCGAUCUCGUUCGCCUCCUCAUCGAUCGUGGCGGUGCACAGAUUGAUAUUCAGGGUGGCCGCGGCGCCUGGACCCCGCUCAUGAAUGCAGCUUCAAAAGGUCAUCUACCCAUCGUCCGUCAUCUCACUGCCAAGUACCGUGCCGAUCCUUUCGUACGCAACACUGCUGGCGAGACAGCCUACGAUGUUGCAGCAGCCUCCUUCGAAGUCUACAUCUGCCAAGUCCUCGAACGCUACGAAGCUGAGCGAUGGAGCGCCUGCAACUUCUCCUCUGGAACUCCCACGCGGCCUGGCCAGAUCGCUCCAGGUCGCGGCCCAUACGAGCCUCUAGCCUUACACACCACCAUCCCCAUCAUUCUGCACGAAAACCAGCGUCUCGACACGCGGUUACAGACCCUGGCCAUGAAUGGUGGCAAGCCGCGAUGGAGCUCCUCAAGUGCAGCCCGCACUCACAAGCCCGACAGACGCUCACCCAGCUCGAUGCCUCCAGGACCUCUGGCCCCAAGUCGAACCCGGCACGCGCCUAUGCGCCAAGAAGAUGUUGGUCUGCCUGCUCGUUCCCUGCCUUAUAAGCUUCGUCUCCGCUCCCGCCUAGGCCCAGCAGCCACGCGACGAAAAGCCGCAGCUCAGGCAGCUCAUCGAGCUACAAACACCUCAAACAACCUCGACGAGGAUCUGGCAAGCACUCCCACCCCAGAGUCGGUACUUCAGGCUCGCCGUGGCGCUGGACGAGGUACAAGCACGGCGGCGGCCAGUGGUGCCGAAGAGGAAAGCUCUCAUUUCUGGCUCUGCGAGUGGCAGCUUGACACCACUCAUCCACUCGUCGACGUCGAACAGGGAUGGCAAUACGCCCAGUCAUUUGAUGCGCUCGACGACAAGUGGUCAUCGCAGCCGCCACCUCCUCUCGAACGUUUGCUCGAGGGACGAGGCUUGAGCGCUUCCGUCACCCGAGCCCUAACUGGUGGGGCAGGUCUGGCAAACGCACAAGCGGACCAAGAAGCUUCGUCAAGCGGAUGGGUUCGCCGACGACGAUGGGUACGAGUCUUGCGGCGCCGCCUCGAUAUCGAGUUCGGUGAUGAUCUGGAAGCUUGCGACAGUACCCUCUCAGCAGAGGAUGACGCUUUUGAGUCAGGUCGAAAUGACGAUUUACAUCAGACGGAAGGAAGGGCCCUCUCAACUGCUGCGAUCAUGGCUGCGCAGGAGGCAGCCAGGCUUGAAUGCUCGCAGCUCGGAUCAGAUGCUGACUACGUCAAUCGGGCCAAGGCUCUCGCUGGAUCAAGCGCUUCGUCCGGUGCGACCCCAGCUGACGCGCUCGGUGACGAUCGCGAUGAGCUUGCGAGGCGCAUUGCCCGUCUGGUCAUGGCGCUCACCGAGCUCAGGGCUGCCUUCGAGGACGCUGACGUAGAACGCAGAAGCCGGGCCGAAGACUUGCGCAAAGAGUACACUCUGCAAUUGGGUCAGCUUCGACAGGCUGCAGGACUGGAUGAGGACGAAGACGAAGAUGCUGCGGAUGACGACGAUGACGAGUUCAUCUACCCCAACUCAUAUAAGGACGAUGGCGCGUCUGUCUUCACCCGUCUCGUCAAUGCAGAGACCUCAGGCACCCUCUCGCGACCUCCGCUCUCGCAGCGACAGAGCAGUGCCGCCUCGAUGCUGCGGAGCAGUGUUGCCCCUUCCGAAGCAGGAACCUCACUUGCCGCGGCACGCAGUGCCGAUCUUGCUGCCAAUCGUGAGUUCCGCGUGCCAACCAAUGAAGCGCCAAACAAGGUCACAUUGCGUCGAGGUCCAGCGAUGCGCGAGCAGAACCUGCAGCCGCAGUGGGAGCGCGAUGAGGAAGCGAGGGACUGCCGAGGCUGCGGUCGACACUUUACUUUCUUCCUCCGUAAGCACCACUGUCGACGAUGUGGUCGCAUCUUUUGCGACUCGUGCUCGUCGAAGCGAGCGCAGCUACGAGCCAAUGACAUUGUGGUCGAUCCCAGUCUCCCAGGUAUGGCAGCCUCAGAAAUCAUCGCACCAACGCGAGUUUGCAAUGGAUGCCACGCUGAGCUUCAACUGCCACCUCAACUGCAGAACAUGAGAGCGAACGAGGCUGCUGUGGCGGCCUCGCGUGUUCGCGCCGGAGGAGAGGCCUCCAGUCGGAGUGGUGUGGAAACGCAUCUGGACGAGAGCGGUUAUCGUUCGACGCUGGCGCCCCCGAGCGAUGUCUCGAGCCGGGCCAGCGAGCUCACAGAGUGUCCGGUUUGCUCCACCUCCCUCUCUGCGUUGGGUGGAAGCGAAGAGCAAGAGGCUCAUGUGCGCAACUGCCUCGAGAAUGGUGGUGGAGGAAGCAUGCAAGGCGGAAGAUACCUAGUCUACAAGCUGCCAGACAACUCGCCGAUCGUAGGAAAGGAAUGCUCAAUCUGCAUGGAGGAGUUCAUCGCUAACAGCACCAUCGCACGACUACCUUGUCUCUGCUACUUCCAUCGAGGUUGCAUCGACUCGUGGUUCAAGAGAGGAAGGGAGUGUCCUGUCCACGCCAGGUCUUGGUAA